AUUCAUGUCAUACAAAAACACGUAGCAGGAUAAAUAUUAAAAAUUUACCAAUCAACUUAAUGAUUGUGAAGCCAUUUCAGAAAUAAAGGUGAAAUUAGAUCAUGUACCAGAAACUCCAGCUUAGCUUGAUGAUUAAGGAGCUGAACUUAUUGAAUCUUAAUCAUAAAUAAAAUUUUUUUUAGAAGAGCUUGACAAUAAAUAAUAGGAUGAUACUUAGUUGGAAAACAAAGAUGAUGAAGUUGAAGAAUAUGAACCAAUUCUAAAUACUCAAAUAAACAUCGAUUAAAAAAAUAUUAAUUAAUAAUAACAAUAAUAAAAUUAAAAGCAAAUAGAGACAUUAUUGUAAGCCCAAGAAAAACUAUCAAAGAAAUAAAAUAUAGAGCCUCUACCAUCUGAUAAUAAAUUAAAUCAAGAUAUAAUUUAAGAUGAUAUUGAUAUUUCAUAAAGCAAAUUGUGCAAAAGUUUAUUAAAAAAUAUCAAUGAUUAAGCAUAUAAUGAAGAUGCUGAGUUAUUAAUUUCCUUAUAUAACGAAUUAAAUGAACUUAAACAAAAAAAUAAAGAAAUGCAAAUUCAAAAUGAAUUUUAUUAAUAAGAGUUGAAAAGAGUAAAAGAUCAAUUUUAACAAGAUAUGAGUAAAUAGAAAUAAAUUUAUGAAAAUGAAAUCAUUCAUUUAAAAGCCUAAUUAAAUUUAGCAAAAAAAGUAAACAAGUAAGAAAAUUAAAAUCUGACAAUGAUAUCUUUUUAAGAAAGAUAAAUGAUCUUAAGGGAUAUGUUGAAUAAAAUUACAGAAAAAUAAAAUUAAAAUUAAGAAAGAAAUAUAAAUAAAGAAAAAAAUUCAAAUUCAAGUGAUUAGUAUUAAAAUUAAACAAAGUAAGUUUCAACUUAAAUUACAAAAAAUUAAUCAUAAACAUAAAAAGACUCUUAGAUUGGUAAUAUAGAAUAACAAAAAAUAUUAGAAAAUAAUAAAGUUUUAUAAAAGGAUUAGUUAUAAUAAGUAGACAAGAAAAAAAAAAAUGUAAAAGAAUAAGAAUCGCCUUAAAAAUAAACAAGUAAUUUGGAAAAAAAAGCUAAUCCACCUCCUCCUCCUCCUAAUAAAAAAUAAACAAAAUAAGUCAGAAAAAUCGAGCCUGAUGCCUAACAAGAUCAACUAUAAUUAGAAGAUUCAUAAAUUAAAACUGAAACCUUAAAUUAAUAAAAUAGGGAAUUAUCAUCUUAAAAAUAAACUUCAGAUAAUAGUGAAGAUUUUUUCAAUAAUUUAUCUAAUAAAACAUAAUUAAAGGGAUAAGAUCAAUAAAAUCAAAUGAAACAAGUCAAAGAAGUUAAUAAAGAAAAAACUUUGAAAUAAACUGUAACUGAAGUCAAAUUUGAGGAAAAAAAUUCUGAGAUUCCAUAACUUAGUGUAAAUAAUAAUAAUUUAUUAACUAAUGAAGAGAACUCUUAAAUAGCUCAAUAAGAUCCUUUUUCCAAAAAUUAAAACUAAAUACACAAUUAAAAUUAAAUACACAAUUAAAAUUCUAACUAGUCACAAAAACAGAUUCCUAAAUAAAGGAGAAUAAAUCAAAGUGGCAAUGGCUUAUAAAAUGUUCCUAGUUCCUUAUUUGAUUGAAUGCAU